AUGGAUUCUACACCUAGUGACAGCGAAAAUGAUUUAUUUGUGACCCCGAAUGAAUUCAAGGAGGAUACCUGCAGCUCGGAAAUACACACUGAUUCCGUCAUUGACAGCAUUUUAAAUUUGGAAUCAAAUCAGGAACAAAUUCCGGAUUUCACUUUAAAAAGACCUAUUUUCAGUGACAUUUCAGACGAGGAGCUAAUAAAAGCUAAGAAAAAUACUACAUCACCAAAGGAACAAAUACGUUUUGUUGAUCCAAUUCAAGAUGAGGAAAGGUACAAACUGUCUAAAACCAGAUUUGCGAAAAAAAAAACUGAUGCAAAAUCAAAAUGGGCUGUCAAUCUUUUCAACAACUUGGUGGAUUCGCGUCGCACGUAUGCCGACAGGCAAGAUAUCAGGCAUGUACAGGGGGAUUGGUUAUCAAUGGGCCCCGAAACCUUGGAGUAUUCUCUUGGUGCGUUUAUUUUUGAAAUUCGCAAAGAAAAUGGAGAUGAAUAUCAAGGAAACACUCUUUAUGAAAUUAUCGUUGCCAUUCAGCAUUUCUUGCGUGAAAAUGGGAAGUUUGUAACAAUGUUAGAUGUUGCCGAAUUUGAAGGAAUGCAGUGCAAACAUGACAAAAAAAUGAAAGAUUUGGCAGCAAAGGGUGUUGGGAUAGACAAACAACUAUCACAUGUUUUUUUUGUCGAUGAUGAGGAUAAAAUGUGGAAAUGUGGUGUUUUAAGUUCUGAUACUCAGGACAAACUACGCGAUACUCUUUUGGGUCUGAAAUUUGCUCUUAGGGGAGGACAGGAACAUCACAAUCUAAGGCAAAGUGAAAAUUCCCAACUGUGA